AAUGGGCCAUUAGCCCACAUUAAAGCCAUUACCGUUACAAUCAACACUAUUUUAUUUGAAACUCAACAAUUAAACCCCUCAAUUCAUUUGAGUUCUCAGUUACCCAGUUUCCGUUUCCACAAGUCUGCCGUUCAUCUUUACCUGCUUACUAUUCAAAGCUUCAUAGUUCUUCAUUAAUGGCGACUUUGAGGGCAAUCGGAGGUAAAUGCAGAGCUCUAAUGGCGGCCGCGAAGACCUCCACUGCUGCUUCCGUUGAAUCUUCAGCUACCAAGACGACUGCUGCUAAAAAAUCGAAGCCCGUUUCUGCUGCUAGCGCUACUAAGGGUAUUUUGAAGCCUGUACCUGUUUCUCCUACUCUCAGUCAAUUCAUUGGCUCUAACGAAGCUUCUAGAACCGAAGUUGUUAAGAAGGUUUGGGAUUACAUCAAGCUUCACAAUCUUCAGAAUCCUGAGAAUAAGAAGGAAAUAAUAUGUGAUGAGAAGCUGAAAGUGUUGUUUAGCGGGAAGGAUAGAGUCGGUUUCCUGGAGAUUGCAAAAUUGCUGUCUGUGCACUUUGUUAAGGCAGGUUGACCGCUUGACCAUGCCGCUGGAUGGAGGAAAAGCUAGCUAUAUCUAUUGAUGGAAUAUGCUAGGUUUUUAAGUUUUAGGGGGUCGAUAUUGGAGCCUGUAAUGUAGGUUUUUGUGCAUCGCUUUAGUUGUCCAGUUUGAUGUACUAGAUUGCCUUUUUUAUUCCACAUUUCAAUCCAAAUGGCUUAACCUUUGAAUGAAUUGUGUAAUAUGCAAGCUUAAGCAACUUGAUCGCCUUUGGGAAUCCUCUUGAAUGUAUGCAAGUCUGGUUGUAUAUUAAAUACUACAUAUUUCAUUUGCUAAAUCUUGAUCAAUUUGUUUGACAA